AUAUAUACAACGCGUAUAGCAAUAAUUAAAGAGGACCUAACAUCCUUAAAUAACAUAACCCAUAACUUAUAACGAGAAUCUCUUUGUGCUUCAUAUUUGAGAGAAUUCAUGGGAAAGGUUUUUGUUUUUAAUAGAAUCCAAUAGCUGUGCAGUGAAUCAGUGAUAAGACAAUUGACUUGGGCACAUCCACGACUAUUAUUCGUAAACACACACAAAUUUGCAAACACAGAACUCGGCUAAAGAUCUGAUAUGGCGGAAGUACGAAGGACUCCUCCAGGGCAUUACCUCUGCGGUAUGUCUAAUUGGCAUCCAGCCUGGCUACAAAAAUACGCCACCACAAAAACAUUUAUGGGUGUCUACGGACUGCUCGGCACAAUUCAAGCCAUGUCUUACAUGUAUUUCAUCGUUACAUUAACCACACUAGAGAAACGCUUCAAACUUCCCAGUCAAACCACAGGCAUUAUCCUCAGCGGAAAUGAGAUAUCUCAGAUAAUGUUGUCACUCAUUUUAUCAUAUAUUGGUGGACAGCGCAAUCGGCCCCGCUGGAUCGCCUGGGGCAUUGUAUUCUGUGGCCUGUCCUGCUACAUUUUGGUACUACCACACUUUAUUUACGGAGCCGGGCAAGAAAUGCUCCAACUGACGGAAGAGUAUCAGAAGAGCUUGGGAAAUAGCACCGAUCCAAACUUCACGGCUGUGAACGUCAGCACUUUGAAGAACCAACCAGAACAGCUUUGCGGCUCAGGCAAGCAUGAGGAGGGCUGCGACAGCCUGUUUUCCUAUGUACCCCUGGUGCUCAUAUUUCUGUCCCAAUUCGUGUUGGGCGUGGGAAACACCCUAUACUAUUCCUUGGGACAAACCUACCUCGAUGACAACACAAAGAAAACGAAUACCCCGCUUAUGUUAGCCGUGGCCAUGGCUUUGCGGAUGAUUGGACCCGUUUUUGGAUUUUUUUUCGGCUAUCUAUCGCUAAACAUGUUUAUUGAUCCCAGCAAGACGCCGCUAAUAGACAAUAAGGAUCCGCGUUGGUUGGGAGCUUGGUGGCUUGGCUGGAUUAUUCUCGGUACCCUGAUGUGCCUCUUCUCUGGUCUGAUUGGGCUGUUUCCCAAGCAAUUGCCCAAAGCUACAGAUUCAAGCAAACACAAUUCGCACACACCUCACGUCCUUCGCCACGAAGAGCUGAAGAGGAGCUCAGCAGAACAUUUGCCUUUAGGCAGAGGCUUCUCCUCAAAUGCGACGCUGGACACUGUGGCGGCAGGCGCGACCUCAGAGUUCCCGCAACUCAAGGACUUCCCGCGCGCUCUGAUGAGGCUAUUGCGCAACAAGCUGCUUAUAUUUAACAUCAUUUCGGGAGUAUUCUAUAUUCUGGGUGCCGCUGGAUAUAUGACCUUCCUCACUAAAUACAUGGAGGUCCAGUUUCAUAAAUCGGCGCAAAGUGCGACCAUUGUUGUCGGUCCUAUCUCGAUUUUGGGAAUGGUCGUCGGAUUGAUUGGCUCUGGUCUGGUAAUAUCCAAGAAAAAACCAUCUACAAGCAAAGUACUGUUAUGGAACGUGUUUGUCGGCUUCAUCUACAUCUUGGGUCAAAUCUCCUAUACAUUCAUGUACUGCCCCGACUCGAUGUCAGUGGCACAUGAUGGCAAAUUAAAUUUGACAGCCGAGUGCAACGCCAACUGCUCCUGCAGUGGCGUCCCCUACUCGCCGGUCUGCCACGAGCCGAGCCAGAUCACCUACUUCUCAGCGUGCCACGCUGGCUGCAGCUCAUGGGAUGGCGAUCUGAAGCUUUACGACAACUGCGCAUGCGUGGCUAAUACCACAAUCCAAGCAUCCGAUUCCAACACCACUCAGCGACUCCUGCAGUUACUGACGGAGAACCCCUACACGGUGCAAGUGGAGAAACUUGCCACCACGGAGACGAUCAAUCUCAAGGAACUGCCUUUUAGCGAUGCCACCACGGAAACGAUCAAUCUCAAGGGACUGGCUGUUAACGAUGACUUCUCAGCCGAGCUCAACAGUGUUGAUGAGGACUUUCUCUCGAGAAGCAAGCGCGCUUUUGCCGAUUCCAUAAUACGUCCAGGCGUUUGCAUGGAGGGCUGUAAUGCGGCAUUCUGGGCGUUUUCAAUCACCUCCAUGAUUGUGAAUUGGUUUGGCUCUUCAGGUCGCAUUGGAAACGUGCUGGUCAACUAUCGAGCCGUGUCCCAACAAGACAAGUCCUUUGCUCAAGGCCUGGCACUCAUGAUGAUCAGUUUGUUCGCCCUUAUUCCUGGUCCCAUCAUAUUCGGUCGUAUUAUAGAUUCGAGCUGUUUAGUCUGGACAAAGACCUGUAAUGGGAACGGAAACUGUCAGUUGUACGAUCAGGCUCGUUUUCGCUAUUCAGUGAACAUAUUAUCAUGCCUGCUCACUUUCUUUGGCGUGUUCUUCGACCUCUUGGUCUGGUAUUAUGGGCGUGAUUUGGAUCUUUAUGGCGAGAAGGAAGCAAAACGCUUGGAACAGGAAAGCAGGCGAAAUGCAGCGAUUACACCAUUAUUGGCGAAGAAAAAUGAGAAAUAAGAUUUCUCAGAAUGAUGGGAACUCCUACGAGUGCCGAAGCCCAAAAUGUACCUACAUCCUUUAGAUGCAAACCGAUGAUCACGUUGAGAAUUUUGUAUGUGAAUUAAUUAAUAUACUCUUUUGUACUUCUAGCUAUAAAUAGUUCAAUAUAUUUAUUAAAUCAUGUAGACGCACGUGAGAGAACUCAAUCAUCUGAAAAGAUAAACCUGAGUGAGGGGGGCAUGUUUCCUUAAAAAUUAAUAAUAAAAGAAUAAGUAAUUGUUAGAAACGAUGGCAUUUUGGUUCUUUUGCGUUCUUUUUGUUUUAUUGAUAAAAAAUGCUCAAAUUUAUACGGAUCGUUUUUUAAUGUAUGCAUGUAUAAUAAUACAUUUUAUGUUGUAUAAAUAUUUCAAUCAAUUGUA